CAUAAAAGAUCUUAACUAAAAACCAUGCUACAUAAAACUCCAAUGAUCCCGGAGAUUCGGAUUUAUUCGCCGUCGGAUAAUGGGGAGCGUGACAGUUCUGAUGAAGAAAGACGACCUUCAGAAUCCCACAGCAACAGAAAAGAAAAAAAAGGUCAUCUAUUCGAGCCAACAAGCGGCGCCGAUGAUGAUAGCAACAGCUGUCCUAAAUCCUUAAGCACUUCUUUGAACAUCGUCAAUGGAGUUUGCUAUUUUGACUUUGAACCGUCGACGUGUGUUCCUUGGCAAGGCGUAUUCAAUAUGCGCCCACAGAGUCUUCAGGCUAUUGCAUCGCUACAAAAAGGUCCUUCCAUUCCACUUCACAAAGCGCGAUUGGGCUGUGUUACUCCAGCUGCACGAAGUCUCGAAGUUCUCAGGGAAUAUCUUCAACCCAAGAUUAAUCAGGAAAUUCGCAAGGUCAUCGACAAGUACAUGGAUGAGUACUUCAAGCCAGGAAUCGAGAACGUCCGCAUGAAUAAUGGUGACAACUCGGUCGCUGAACAGCACCUACAAGCAGUUUGCAGGCAGAUGUUGGAACAGGCGAAGAAGAUGUUUUCCAUGCAGCCGGUAGGAGUUCGUGGUGAACGAGGAACUAGCCCUUGUUCCGACCUUGAAUCAGGCCGCAAUUCGCCCAUGCUCGGAGGAGAACUCGUAAGGAGAAAGCACUUCUCAAGACGUCAUAGAACAUCCCCCAAUAGGGGUUACCUAUCUGACUCAGAAAGUGAUGCGAGUCAGAUCAACACUUUAUACGUGCCCAAGAAAAGGACAAACAAGACGAAAAGCUGGUCCGGCGGGUCCGGCAGAUCAACUCCUGCGUCGCGGACCUCAUGUAAAUCUGGGGAGGCUAUCAAGCGUGAAGGACCCCGGUGGGACCCAGCUCGUCUAUCUACUGAAACGUUAUUCGUAAUGGGGGCCAGAGCCAACAAGGCACUUGGCCUAGGAGCACAGAGAGGUCGGCUGUAUAUGAAACAUCAAGACGUGUUCCGCUAUUGUGGAGAUGCUGAAGACAAGCUAUGGCUUUACGAGCAGAAUCUCAUGCCAUCGGCAGGCGGAAGGGCUUUCCUAUUAUUAUUAGAUGAUAUUAAACAUCUCGCACAGACCGAGGAGUACAAAGAUGCUCCUGGCGUCCAGGUCGACGACUUGGAGGGCUUCAAGGUUCCGGAAUUUAUGAUAAACAAGAUGCGGUCUUCGAUGCUUUCUCUCAGGACAGACAUUCCUGGCGGGGGUGGCAAGAAACGAAAACAUAAGAGCCCUGUAUCAGAGAGGUCGCAGGCUAGUUCCAAUAUCGACAAUAUUGGCGAAGUGAAACUGUCUCCACCUUGCACAUCACCUCUAACUGCUGAAGAAGAAGAAGUUUUACCGGGUGAGGAAGGUGCGCUGAGUCAACUGCCGUCUCUACAGUUGGAUUCGACGUGUAAUUUGCAUCUUUUAGAUGAGCCCAUCCUUCAUGAGGAACCCGUCGAUGAACAGGAAAUAGCAUUCAUAGUUGACAUUUAGUAAUUGAUACAACUACUUUGACCAACUUACAUGCUCGAUAUUUCAA